CAGUAUGAUCAUCCCCACAAAACCCUCAACUCUGUCCAAAGCCCUCUUCUCAAAGCCAGAUGGUACCCCUUUUCCCUGUCUUUGUCGUUUCCCAAUUCCUUCUCAUCUACUACUACUUCUUCCGGCUGCAGCUGCGGGGGCCGCCUUGUAUCUGCUAUGGCAAUGGGCGGUGGUGGUACUAGUAGUAGUACUAAAAAAGAGCAGCAGCAGCAGAAGAAAGCGGAAGCAGAGGAGGAGGAGGAAGUGGAGGAGGAGUUGCCCUGGAUAGAGGAGAAGGCAUUGGACUUGGUCGAGUACGGCCCUGUUACCCAAGCCCUGCCCGGGCCUAGAGUUGGGCAGAGCUCCUUGCCAUGGGUUUUGGCUGUUCCCUUGGCUUAUUUGGGGAUCACCUUUGUCUUUGCUUUCGUUAGAACUGUUUGGAAGUUCAAUUCCACCAGAGGAAAACGUCAUCAAUUGGUAAAUAAAAAUGCUGCCCUAUGCAAGUCAAUAAAUGAGCAAUUUGAUAAGGGAAAAAAUCAAGUCGAGCAAUAAGCUUUGAAGGGUCUGAUGCAGAAGACAGGUUUUGACAUGGAGGAAAUUCUGUGAAAAUAUAUUCGUUAUGUGUUGAAUGUGAUGCCAUUCAACCCAGAUUUGGUAGCAAAUUUGAUUCAACUGAGGAAAGCAUUAGGAUUGGAUGAUGCUCAAGUAGCUGGAAUUCUCAAUGAGAUCUCAAGACAGAUCGUAAAAGAGAAAGGUCCUGCUGUGAUGGAUUUGUCAGGAUAUUCGGAGAAGGGUUUCAAGAGAAAACUUGAAGUACAAGCUCUGUUUGGGAAGGUCUAUCCUAGUUACCAAUGUCAUCCUUCUUGUCUUGAAGUUCACAUGGAUCUCUUUUCUGUUUGCUGCCUGAGUUCAAGGGAUAGCUCGAUAACUGUCAAAGAAAUAUUUGGAGUUGCUGAUGAGGAUGCAGAAAAUAUCAGGUUACACACAGUUUCAGAAGCUGGGGAUCUGGAUUCACUGGAGAAAAUGAUUGAUUGGUCAGAAUCUGAAAAUUCUCCAGAUGAAUCAUCCAAUGCUUCGUGA